GAAAGACAUAACACUAUGGUGCACUAACCAACCUUUCUGUUUAUAUGGAAAGAAAGUGAUCUGUUUUGAUAUCAAGUAUGUUCCGCAAGCAGUAUAAAGUUAAGACAAGCACUACAAUAAAGGGCUCAGAUAGAAGAAAAUUGCGAAGUAUGGUAGAAAACAGUUUUCCUAACCUUUCACCUGAUGAUAUUAAUAACAUGAUUCCGAACAAGAGUGAAAUGAAUCAAGUGAAAGCAAUGACUCACAAUGGUUCAGUUCUCGUAAUAUAUUAUACAGGAUCACAUCCAUUAUUUUUCCAAGUAGGUGAAGUGUGCUAUCCUACUGUUUAUACUUUAUGGAAGUAUCCCAAAUUAUUACCUACAAUUACAACUGUGCCUGCAGUUCUAGAAAAGAUAUGUAACGGUGCAGAUUUGAUGGCUCCAGGCAUUGUUAUUAAUGAAUCUACAUUAUCUGAAAUGAGAAAUUUGAAAAUUAAUGAAAUGUGUGCUGUCAGAAUAGUGGGAAAUCUUUCUCCUAUAGCUGUUGGGGUAGCAUUAAUGUCUCAAGAACAGUUAUGUGAGGAUGGUAUAAAAGGUAAAGCUGUUACUAUUGUGCAUAAUUAUAAAGACUUUUUAUGGCAGUCAGGAGAUAAAACAGAUCUUCCAACUAUUCAAGAAGAAAUGAAUGAAAGACUUCAUGAUAUAAAUUUAUCUGAUGAAAUACCACCGGUUUUGUUGAUGGAUAAUGAAUUUGAUGCUGAAAAUGGAAAUAACUCUGAGAGUCUCAUUGUAAAUGAAACUGGUUCUACAAAAGAAAAUUAUAGUUCUGAUGAUACUAACAUUAAUAAGGCAGAUUCUACUGUUCUUAAUGAAGAGGUUAAAGUAGAUGUUGCAAGCUAUACUAUGGAUGAUAUUUUGUGCCAGUCAUUUAUGGCUGCUAUUAAAGUGCAUGGAAGAAAAAUAAAUUUGCCUAUUCUGACUAGCACAUUUUAUAGUUCUUAUGUUCUAAAAGCCUGCCCUUCUGAAUUAAAUCUUGAUAUAAAAAAGACCACUUAUAAAAAACUAUCUGUUUUCUUAAAGAAAAUGCAAAAGGAUGGAAUUUUACAAAUCAAAGAACUCACAAAAGGUGUAGAAAGUAUUGUUUCGGUAAACACUGAUUGUGAUACUAUAAAAACAUUCUUCAUCGAUCCAUUGUUUAAAUCACAUCUGCAAGCACAGAAGGCAGAAAAAUCAGCUGAUCCAGAAUCAACAGCAAACAUUCAGGAAAAUUAUAAGUUUCCAGUUGUAACUGAAUUAUUUGUAAUAUCUGCUCAGGUGAAACUAAUUUUUGAGUUUUCUGGUAUGAGAAAAGGAGAUUCUGUGCCAGGAUCAGCUGUAAGAGAUGUUUUGAAGCAUUAUGUGAAAGAAAACUCUCUUCAGAAUGAGAGAAGUCCUAGGGAAGUUAUUCUUGAUCCAGUUUUAUGUGAUUGUGUAUCUAAAAAAGAAAGUAAAACUGUUAUGACUUGGGAAGAACUAUAUGAAGCAAUAGUGAAUAAAAUGCCACAUGCUUAUCAAAUUGCAUUUGACGGAAAAGAACCUGUGAUUAAAAAAGGGAAACUAGAACCUAUUCAAAUAACAGUGGAUACUAGAACAGGAAAUAAAAAGGUAACUUUAAUUCAGAACUUGGAAACUUAUGGUAUAAAUCCAGAAAAACUUGCUCAGCAUGUUCAAGUUGCAGUUGCUGCCAGUACUUCAGUUGCUUUAACACAGAAUGGGAAAGGAACUAUUGUUCUUAUACAAGGAAAUCAAGUUAAAUAUCUUCAAAAAUUAUUUUUGGAGAUGUUUAAAGUACCCAGGAAAUAUCUUCGAGGACUGGAAAAUUUACCCACAAAAAAGAAAUAAUUUUUUCUAUUUAAUUAAGAAGAAUUAUUUUGCUUUGAACUGUAUUGAAAUAAAAAUAAUUAUGCAUU